GCCGCAGGCAACUUUCCUCACUUCACCACAUAGCGUUUUCGCCUGGCACCAGCUCACCUUGCUAUCUGAGAAAUCACUUGCAAGAACUAUUGUCUGCGUACAUGCCCUCGCAAAUCCACGUACGCGUUCCCCAGUCGCGCUAUGCCUUUGCGCAGCGUCCGACACACCGUUUACGAACCUCUCGGCAGCGAUGCUAUUCGACUUUUGUUUGUGAAACCUGGCUUCAAAGAUGAGCCCAUAGAAUGCGCUUUGAUCACUGUGGCCAACCUGGCUGAGUCGCCCCCGUAUCAUGCACUCUCGUAUGUUUGGGGUGAGUCCGAAGACGCAGCCUCUAUAAUCUGCAACGGUGCGGAGAUGGCUAUCACCAAAAGAUUGGCCGAUACUCUCAUACAUCUGCGACGUACCCCAGGAUGGCGCUCUGUCGUACCCUGGUCUAAAGAUCACCCACUGCAUUCUAGCAAGAACGCGUGGAAGGGUUUCGCACGAAGCCGACACGAGCAAUAUCAAGAAAGUGAAUGGGAGAAAGAGAGCUUGUUGUGGAUCGAUGCUCUCUGCAUAGAUCAGACCAAUCACGAGGAGAGGGCAAGCCAGGUCAAGAUGAUGGGCAAAAUCUAUAGUUGUGCCGCGGCUGUCACCAUAUGGCUCGGCGCAGAAGACAAGCAGUUACCAGAUUCCAUUUCGAACUUCGAUGUCGAGUCUGGUAUUCACAUCAGCACGUAUGGACGAAUACCAGUCUUGCUUUCCUUCAUUGCGCAAGCGCUGCGGAACGUGAAAAGGCCACAGAACAGAUUGGCCUCCAUCACACCCGCUGAAAACUCACUCCAGCGCAACAGAGCGUACGGAUUUCCCAAGCCUAACGCCCCGGAUUGGGAAAUUGUACGUGACUUCUUCGCGAACCCCUGGUUUGAAAGAGUGUGGGUGGUGCAGGAGGCAGUCCUCGCGAGCAGAGCAAUGGUGUUGAUAGGCGACUGGGAAGUCGAUUGGGCAGCCAUCGGAGAUGCGGCCUCAUGGUUCCAGACUAAGGGCUACGCCUUGCCUGCAGUGUUGAAAUACGAACUCCAAGAUCAACAGGACCUCUUGCCGGUUGCCAAGGCUGUCUCAGUGUGGAAGCAAUGUUCUUCGCCUGGCAAGCAGAUUGCGCUAUUGGAUUUGCUCCAGGCAUUUCGCAACAGAUUGGCCACAGACCCUAGAGACAAAGUGUAUUCGACGUUCGGCAUAGCAACGGAACUAGCUGAUGUUGAAGCACAUGGGUUUCACCAGCUUCUCGAACCAGACUAUGAGAAGCCCGUCCUCGAUGUAUACCGUGAUGUUGCUAGGUUCUUGAUCAUUGAACAUGGGAGUCUCGAUGUCCUUUCGGACGCGGGACUACCCUUGGAGCCAUCAUGGCCAUCGUGGGUCCCAGAUUGGCGUCAAAACAAAGCUUCGAAUACCUUGACAACUAUGCCAUCUGCCAAGAACUAUAACGCGAGCGGAAACGGGUCGCUAUCCAUGGGUUUUAGUGAUAAUUCUGCUAUACUUUCGCUCGAGGGCAUCGAUGUCGACCAUGUAGCGGCCUACGGUCAUAAGCUUGCAAGCUACGGCUUUGGCUAUGUGACGUAUCAAGAAGAGGUCGACUUCGUAAACAUGGCAUGGGGACUUGUGGAGCCUGCUGAGACAGCAUCAGCUUCGAACGCGGACAAGGCCGUGAUUAGAACAUUCAUCCAAACACUGACGGCUGGCCAGAACAACGAUCCGGGCUUCUUUGGCCACGCUGUAAGUUGGUUCGCGCAACACACCCAAAUCUCUCGCAUCGCGUCCUUAUUGCAACGUAUGCCACGGGCCUCGAGACAUAGUGCGGAUUCCGGGCGAUUUCAUGAGGCGUUCGUUCGGGCUUGCGUCGAUAGACGAUUUUUCGUGACUAGAAAUGGCUUGAUGGGCAUUGGGCCAGACGCGAUGAAAGAAGGAGAUAUCAUUGCGAUACUGUUUGGCGGACGCGUACCAUAUGUGAUUAGAACUGUGGAUCAAAAUCAUAAGUUAGUUGGGGAAUGCUACGUGGUGGGGUUGAUGAAUGGGGAAGCGAUGUCAACAUGGAAAGAUGAAGGAAGCAAGAGAAAGGUCUUUGACUUACUCUAGAGCCAAACCUGCAUGUAUAAUCUAGCUCAAGAUCUUGCACCUGUAGGAAGACAUGGAAUGGGUGUGUAGGAGGUUUUCUACCAUUGCCGAUCAACGAAUGCAUAGGUCUUUGGCCCAUGGCUCCACUACGUUCAAUCGGACGCUACUCCAUAGCGACAUAAGAGAGCUCACGGGACAGGCGCAAAUGAUGUCGGCGACUGGUUUGCGGAUCACAUAUCUCAAUAAUAACCUUUCUUUUACUUGGAUAGGUGUCUAGGUGUAGAGUGCGGCUGAGAAUACGUAGCCAAAUCACCAUUCGUUUUUGCUUUUCCUGAGGUGUCGAAGGUCAAACAGCGAUCGACCGGGGGCGCGUGUAGAUAAGCCCCUUUGGCGUCAUUCCAGAUCUGCGAGCCUGAAUGUGCGAGGUUAUUAAUGAGAUAACAAGUGGCUUUCAGGACUUCAGCUGAAGCAUAUCAGCGC